UGUACGGGCACUGACUGUAAUAAAGGUUUUCUCCGGGAGACCGCACCGUCUGCCGCCAGCGCCGGGCUCCGGGCACCGCCCGCGCUCCGCCCCGCGAUGGCGCCGCCGCCAUCACUCAGCAGGUUUGGGGCGGCACGUGACCCGCCGCCGCUCCCCGCCCCGCCGGCAGAUUCGGCACGGCCGCGGGCGGCGGGGACCACGAUUGGGGCUGCGGCGGCAGCGCCGGGGGAGAGGAGGGUGCGCGGAACCCCCGGGCCGCACGUCCCGCCCGUGGCGCUGUCCCCGCCCUGCGCCGCCGGGAAGCCGCGGUGCGGAAUCUGCCGCCCCGAACCCGCCGCGCCGUGCGCGCGCCUGCGAGCCGGCGGAAAGAUGGCGUCGGUGUGGGAUGAGUCGGAGGACGGCGUCGGCGAGGAGGUGCUGAAGAUGUCCACGGAGGAGAUCGUGCAGCGCACCCGCCUCCUCGACAGCGAGAUCAAGAUCAUGAAGAGUGAGGUACUGAGAGUGACCCACGAGCUUCAGGCCAUGAAAGACAAGAUCAAAGAAAACAGUGAAAAGAUCAAAGUGAAUAAAACCCUGCCAUACCUUGUCUCCAAUGUUAUUGAGCUACUGGAUGUUGACCCAAAUGACCAGGAGGAGGAUGGAGCAAACAUUGACUUGGAUUCCCAGAGAAAGGGCAAGUGUGCUGUGAUCAAGACUUCUACACGUCAGACAUAUUUCCUGCCUGUUAUUGGGUUGGUUGAUGCUGAGAAGUUGAAGCCUGGAGAUCUGGUGGGGGUGAACAAAGACUCUUACUUGAUCCUGGAGACUCUGCCUACUGAGUAUGAUUCACGGGUGAAGGCCAUGGAGGUGGAUGAGAGGCCCACGGAGCAGUACAGUGACAUCGGGGGGCUGGAUAAACAAAUCCAAGAGCUCGUGGAGGCCAUUGUCUUGCCGAUGAAUCAUAAGGAGAAAUUUGAAAAUUUGGGUAUACAGCCACCCAAAGGAGUCCUUAUGUAUGGGCCUCCAGGAACAGGGAAGACACUUUUAGCUCGAGCAUGUGCUGCCCAGACCAAGGCCACGUUCCUGAAGCUGGCAGGUCCACAACUUGUGCAGAUGUUCAUUGGUGAUGGAGCAAAGCUGGUACGGGAUGCUUUUGCUCUCGCAAAGGAAAAAGCUCCUUCCAUCAUCUUUAUUGAUGAACUGGAUGCAAUUGGCACUAAAAGGUUUGAUAGUGAGAAGGCCGGUGACCGGGAGGUGCAGAGGACUAUGCUGGAGCUGCUUAAUCAACUUGAUGGUUUUCAGCCCAAUACACAAGUCAAGGUGAUUGCUGCAACCAACCGGGUUGAUAUCUUGGACCCAGCUUUGCUCCGCUCUGGGCGAUUAGAUCGGAAGAUUGAGUUCCCAAUGCCUAAUGAAGAGGCCAGAGCCAGAAUUAUGCAGAUUCAUUCACGCAAAAUGAAUGUCAGCCCUGACGUGAACUACGAGGAACUGGCUCGCUGCACAGAUGAUUUCAAUGGAGCCCAGUGCAAGGCUGUGUGUGUCGAAGCGGGGAUGAUUGCCCUCCGCCGUGGAGCUACAGAGCUCACCCACGAGGACUACAUGGAAGGAAUCCUGGAGGUUCAAGCAAAGAAAAAAGCCAAUCUGCAGUACUAUGCCUGAUCCCUGCCCAGUCAAAGUUGUGGCCUUGGCAGAGGACAGGAAUAGACUGGACUGUAUCACUUACUUUCUGUCUGGAAAAAAUAAAGCAUUUUUUCCCUUUAAAAACAAA